CUGGAUGCAAGAGUAGUGCCAACAGCGUUCGCGGCGUUGCUGCAGGUGCUGGCCCCGCCGGCUGGAGCUCCCCGGCAGCAGGACCCCGCGGACGACCUGCUGGGGCACCGCCUCCACCGCUGGUGGUGGGUGAGGGGGGGCCCGCUGGCGACAUCAGCAGCGGCGGCAGCAAUCGUCGUUGUGGAAGCAGCAGCGCCACCGGCGUCGCCAACGGCACCAGUAGCUUGAGCGGUCGCAACAGCACCAGCACCAGCACCAGUACCAGCGCCGGCAGCGGCACCAGCGUCAUACCCCUCUCCCACCAGCACCUCCCGCGGAAUCGCAACAAUCUGCCCCUCUCCCCCUCCGGCCCAGCUUCACCUCCCACCGCCGAUCGUCCUCCCCUGCCUCAUCCUCCUCCUCGUGCACGUCCUUCUCCAUCGCUUGCUGCAGCCGCCACCGCCGCCGCCCAGCAACGUCGUGCAGCCAGUACCAACGAUACCAAGCAUCAUCAUCACCGCCACGACGCCGCCCGGCCGCGCGCCCGCAGAGCCAUGGCGCGCCGCCAGUCUCUGUCCGAGAUUCGCGCCGCCAACCCGGACCUCGCCCUCAGCGGAAACAUCAUCUCGGCCACCUUCAACAUCCCCCACGCGCUGACGUACAAGCGCGACGGCGACUGGGACCUCAAGCCUCGCCGCGGCCAGUCGGCCCUCUUCGACUCCCUCGCCUACCUCUCGUCGGACGCGACGCCAUGGAACCACCACGUUGUCGCCUGGACCGGCGAGAUCGAGGACCCCCAUGAGCCCCCCCCUCCGCCGCCCGAGUCGCCCGCCGCACACACCACCGUCGGCGCCUCGUCGCUCAACGCUCUCUCGGCCCCUGUCCCCGUCGAUGCCGCCGCCGCCUCGGCCACCCGCCGCCUGCCCACGCCGCCCGCUGUCGACGGGCUCUGGAUCCCCCGUGAGCACCAGCAGCGCCUCGAUCACCUCCUCGCCCGCAGCAACACUAUCCGGACCUCGCCCGUCUGGCUCGCCGACGACGACGAUGCCGCCCCCGACGCUGCUGCCGCCGCCGCCGGCAUCAUGCUGCGCGACCAGGCCCGGUGGCGCCGCUACGCCCAGCACGACCUCUACACCCUCUUCCACUACAAGCAGCACGAGCCCAACGACGGCCGCCGCGAGCGCGUCCACUACGCCGACUACUUCCGCAUGAACCAAAAGUUUGCCGACAGGAUCAUCGACGUCUAUAAGCCUGGCGACGUCGUCAUCGUCCACGACUACUACCUCAUGCUGCUCCCCAGCAUGCUGCGCCAGCGCGUCCCCAACAUGUACAUCUCCUUCUUCCUCCACUCGCCCUUCCCCAGCAGCGAGUUCCUGCGCUGCUUGCCCCGCCGCAAGGAGGUGCUCGAGGGCGUCCUCGGCGCCAACCUCGUCGGCUUCCAGUCCUACAGCUACUCGCGCCACUUCCUCAGCUGCUGCACCCGCAUCCUCGGCUUCCCCUCGGACACGCUCGGCAUCGACGCCUAUGGCGCCCGCGUCCAGGUCGGCGUCUUCCCCAUCGGCAUCGAUGCCGCCCGCGUCGAGACGGCUGCCUGGGCCGACUCGGUCGAGCGCAAGCUCGCCGCCCUCAAGAAGAUGUACGCCGGCAAGAAGAUCAUCGUCGGCCGCGACCGCCUCGACAGCGCCCGCGGCGUCGCCCAGAAGCUUCAGGCCUUUGAGCGCUUCCUCGAAAUGUUCCCCGAGUGGCGCGAGAAGGUGGUGCUGAUCCAGGUCACAUCCCCCACGAGCGCCGACGCCGCAGCCGCCGCCGCCGCAGACCCCGACGACGCCGAGACCGACGCGAAGCUCAGCAGCCGCGUCAACGAGCUCGUCAUGAAGAUCAACGGCCACUACGGCAGCUUGGGAUUCACCCCCGUCCACCACUACCCUCAGUACCUGCGUCAGGAUGAGUACUUUGCCCUGCUGCGCGCCGCCGACAUCGGCCUCAUCACCUCGGUCCGCGACGGCAUGAACACGACGAGCCUCGAGUACGUCGUCUGCCAGAAGCAGGGCCACGGGCCCCUCAUCCUCUCCGAGUUCAGCGGCACCGCCGGCAGCCUCGCCGACGCCAUCCACAUCAACCCCUGGGACCUCAGCGGCGUCGCCGCCGCCAUCAACACGGCCCUCACCAUGCCCGAGAACAGCCGCCGCGCCAUGCAGGAGCGCCUCUACCGCCACGUCACCACCCACAACGUGCAGUCGUGGAUCGACAAGUUUGUCCGCCGCGUCUACACCGUCCUGGGCGAGGCCGGUGCCGCCCACGCCACCCCGUUGCUGGACCGCGCCCUGCUGCUGUCCCGCUACCGCUCCGCCGCCAAGCGCCUCUUCAUGUUCGACUACGACGGCACCCUGACCCCCAUUGUGCGCGAGCCCAGCGCUGCCAUUCCCUCGGAGCGCAUCAUCGCCGCCCUCAAGCUGCUGGCCGCCGACGAGCGCAACGCCGUCUGGAUCAUCUCGGGCCGCGACCAGGAGUUCCUCGGCCAUCACCUCGGCCACAUAACGCGCCUGGGCUUCUCGGCCGAGCACGGUAGCUUCAUGCGCAACCCGGGCUCCGAGGAGUGGAUCAACCUGGCUGAGAAGUUUGACAUGGGAUGGCAAGCCGAGGUCAUGGACGUGUUCCAAAAGUAUACGGACAAGGUUCCAGGCUCCUUCAUCGAACGAAAACGCUGCGCCUUGACGUGGCACUACCGGCAGGCCGACCCGGAGCUGGGUGCUCACAUGUCCCGCGCGUGCCACAAGGAGCUCGAGGCGGGCGUCGGCAGCAAGUGGGAGGUGGAGGUGAUGCCGGGCAAGGCCAACAUCGAGGUGCGGCCGACCUUUAUCAACAAGGGCGAGAUCGCCAAGCGGCUCAUCGCGACGUACCACAACCCGGACGCGGAGCCCACGGCCGACGACCCGAACCCCGGGCGGGUCGAGUUUUCGCUGUGCAUGGGCGAUGACUUCACCGAUGAGGACAUGUUUCGGGCGCUCAACGGGGCGUCGGGGCCGGUGCUCAAGGCGGACCACGUCUUCACGGUGACGGUCGGGGCGAGCACCAAGGUGACGCUGGCCAAGUGGCACCUGUUGGAGCCCGAGGACGUGAUCGACUGCGUGGCCCUACUGUCGGGUGGCGAGGGCGGGCCGGCGGGCACGGAGCGGCUGGGCGAGGUGAACCUGGCGGCGCUAAGCAUGGUCGAGGGCAAGAUUCCGCCGGGCGAGGUGUGAGCGUGUGAGUUGGGGACGGAGAUGAUGAGACAUGUCAGACGGCGACGACAACCACGACGAUGGUGGCGGGCAUGACGAGGCAGGCAGGCGUCACGGAUAGAGCGGGAGGCAUAGACUCGAUUUGUUCAAGGGCGUGCUGGCGCAACGACGGAAAAAAGACAAGCAUGCAUACACAAGCACAAGGUACACACAGGGCAUAUAGCACGCACACCUAAACGCACACCUACACACACACACACACACACACACGGAACGGACUGGUUGAGGAGACACGACAGGCAGACAAGGCGGGCGCGACGGACAUCAUAUGGGGAACCGCUGGUUCCCUCGUUCGCGACGGUGGGGGUAGAGACGGGCAACGGGAUCAGUUUGUUGCAUAUCACUGGCAUAGAGCACGCAGCAUCGACAGCUGCAGUGGUAGUAGUACCAGUAGCAGUAGAGGCGUAAUCGAU